AUGAAGUUGCUGUCUUGGAAUAUUAGGGGGAUUGGAAGGCCGGAAAAGAGAAGAAGAAUCAGGUCUCUACUCAAAGAGAGAAAAAUUGAUUUUGCCUUUUUUCAAGAGACUAAGAAAGAAAGUAUGUCAGAUGAUUUGGUUCGGUCGAUUUGGCAUGUUGAUGAAUUGGAAUAUAUGUUUGUUGAUGCGGAUGGUUCGGCCGGUGGGCUGCUGUGCGUGUGGAAGCCCUCAGUGUUCUCAUUAUCUCAGUGUUGUGGUUCAAGAAGGUUUCUCCUACUGUCAGGUACACUACUUCCAGAUUUUAGGUGUGUUUUGGUUAAUGUUUAUGCGCCUAAUGAUGCAGUAAGUAGGAGGCAAGUGUGGAAAGUUAUUACUAGUCUCAAUCUAGGAUUUCCAGAACCUUGGUGUGUAGGAGGGGAUUUUAAUGAAAUUAGAGAUUUAGGGGACAGAAGAGGGUGUUUAAGAAGGGAUAAAGGGAUGGUAGAGUUUAACGAAUUUAUUGAAGGGUUAGCCUUGUAUGAUGUCCCAAUGCAUGGCAGGCAAUUUUCUUGGAGUAAUUCAGAAGAUGGGGGUAAUUGGAGUAGAAUUGACAGAGUUCUGCUAGCGCCUGAGUGGUUGAGUAGGUUUAAUUUUAAGCUGUGGGGCCUUCCAAGGGGUGUGUCUGACCAUUGUCCAUUCGUAUUGAUGGAGGAUGAGAGGGACUGGGGGCCAAAGCCAUUUAGGUUCUUAAAUGUUUGGUUGUUACAUCCUAAUUUUUUAGAUGUGGUCAAGCAAAUAUGGGAGACUUCAAAUGUCUCUGGGUGGGCAGGAUUUGUCAUCGCUACAAAACUUAGAUAUCUCAAGAUGGAAUUGAAAAAGUGGAAUGAUGAAGUGUUUGACAAUAUUUCCUACUCCCUCAAAAAAGCAGAGGUGGAGCUUCAUGAGCUUGAUCUGGUGGCUGAGGCUAGAGAUUUGUCAGAGGCUGAGAUUGUCAGACGAAGGGAGGUCAAGAAGGAGGUGUGGUCUCUUAGGAAGAGGGAUGAGUGGCUUUGGCUUCAGAAAUCAAGACUAGACUGGAGCUUGAAGGGGGAUAAGAAUACAAGGUAUUUCCAUAUCAUUGCUUCCUCUAGACAGAAUCGAAAUUUGCUGAACUCAAUUACAGUGGAAGGGGUACUCUUCGAGGAUCCCAUUUUGGUGAAGCAGGAGGUGUUAAAGCAUUUUAAAGGCUUGUUCUCUGAAAAUUGGAGGAAUAGGCCAAAGUUGAUGGGUCAAUUUAAAUCUAUUGGUCAGAAUCCAGUGGCUGGAAUCCUGGAAGCAGAUUUUACUGAAGAUGAGGUGUGGAGUGCUAUUAGGAGUUGUGAUGGGAAUAAGUCUCUCGGUCCUGAUGGGUUUAAUCUGAUGUUCUUUCAGAAGUGCUGGGAUUGUGUGAAGUCUGAUGUCCUUCUAUUUUUCAAAGAAGUGGAGAAAAAACUUGAAUAA